CUCACAACCUCAGGGUGGCACGCGGGGAGGUAGGGUGAGAGACCCGAGCCGGGGAGCGCAGCGUGCUGGUGCUUCUCCUCCUUCUUUUCUUCUUCUUUUUAUUUUUUUUUUUUAUUCUUGCCGCUACUCUCUCAGUGUGUGGGUCCCAGGGUCCGCAGAGGUGCUGUGUGGCAGGGCCCAAGUCCGCUGCCUAGUGUGCCCCAUAUAUAAGGAAGCCCUCACGUCCCCACAUUAGUUGGAGCCGUGCGGCUGGCGUGGCGACAACGACCAUUGACCCCCCAUCCCCGUUUCUCUGUAAGCGUAGCCCCCGCCCCCCCCAGGCACAUACCCCCAGCCCCCCCAGUCUCAGCCCUGAGCGUCCCUCACACACAGGUUGCCCCCCCCCAACCCCAGCCGCCUCGCUUGCCCCCGGCCAGUUGGUAGGCAUCGUCCCCGGGGGCCGUCCCCACUCUGAAGCAGAGAAGAUGGCUGGAGGACGUCUGUUGCUGGGGGGCGACUUCCUGUCGCCGCCGCCGCUGCCCCCCCUCCCGCCGCCGCCGCUGCCGCCCCUCCCGCCGCCCCCGCCUGAGCCAGUGCUGGAGCAGUGGCGCUAUAGCCACGAAAGUGACUGGCAGUGGGCUCUGCGGCGGAGCUUCAUCUGCCGGCACCUGCACAGCUAUCCCGGGGCUGCCCUGGACCAGCUCCUCGCGCUCUCCGCCGCCUGGACAAACCACGUUUUCCUGGGCUGCAGGUAUAGCCCACACUUGAUGGAAAAAAUUCUUCACAUGGCUGAAGGUAUUGAUAUUGGGGAGAUGCCGUCAUAUGAUCUAAUGCUGCCCAAACCUUCCAAAGGCCAAAAACGCUACCUUUCAACCUACGAUGGUCAGAAUCCUCCUAAAAAGCAAGCCGGUUCCAAAUUCCAUGUGAGAGCUCGUUUUGAGCCUGUACAUUUUGUAGCUAGUAGUUCAAAAGCUGAAAGACAGGAAGAUCCGUAUGGCCCUCAAACAAAAGACGUAAAUGGACGAACACAUUUUGCCAGCAUGCCAAGAAACUUCUACCAAGAUUAUACUCAAGACUCUUUCAGUAUCCAGGAUGGAAAUUCUCAAUAUUGUAAUUCAUCAGGAUUUAUUUUCACAAAAGACCAGCCUGUAGCAACCAACAUGUAUUUUGACAGUGGGAACCCUGCCCCAAGCAGCACAUCCCAGCAGGCAAACUGUCAGCCAGCUCCCGAGCCUCCUCCUUCACAGAUGUACCCUGAGUCCUUGGUUGCCGAGAAGCAGUAUUUUAUUGAAAAGUUAACAGCAACUAUCUGGAAGAACCUUUCUAAUCCAGAGAUGACUUCUGGAUCUGAUAAGAUUAAUUAUACCUAUAUGCUAACUCGUUGUAUUCAGGCAUGUAAGACAAAUCCUGAGUAUAUAUAUGCUCCUUUAAAAGAAAUUCCUCCUGCUGACAUCCCCAAAAAUAAAAAACUUCUCACGGAUGGUUAUGCUUGUGAAGUUAGAUGCCAAAAUAUCUACCUAACUACAGGUUAUGCAGGUAGCAAGAAUGGGUCCAGAGAUCGAGCUACUGAGCUAGCUGUAAAACUCUUGCAGAAGAGGAUUGAGGUUAGAGUUGUCCGACGGAAAUUCAAGCACAUAAUCGGAGAGGACCUUGUGGUGUGUCAGAUUGGUAUGCUUUCAUAUGAAUUUCCCCCAGCUCUGAAACCACCAGAAGACCUGGUAGUACUGGGAAAGGAUGCUUCUGGGCAGCCUAUUUUUAAUAGUUCUGCCAAACACUGGACCAAUUUUGUCAUUACAGAAAAUGCAAAUGAUGCAAUUGGCAUCCUUAACAAUUCCGCCUCAUUCAACAAAAUGUCAAUUGAGUACAAAUACGAGAUGAUGCCAAACCGCACAUGGCGGUGUCGAGUAUUCCUGCAAGAUCACUGCUUAGCUGAAGGUUAUGGAACCAAGAAAACAAGCAAACAUGCAGCUGCUGAUGAGGCUUUGAAAGUUCUUCAAAAAACACAACCCACUUAUCCAUCUGUCAAAAGUUCCCAGUGUCACUCAGGCUCUUCACCCAAAGGAUCCGGAAAGAAGAAAGAUAUCAAAGAUCUUGUAGUUUAUGAGAAUUCUUCCAAUCCUGUGUGCACAUUGAAUGAUACGGCUCAGUUUAACCGAAUGACGGUUGAAUAUGUCUAUGAAAGGAUGACAGGUCUCCGCUGGAAAUGCAAGGUGAUUCUAGAGAGCGAAGUCAUUGCAGAAGCAGUUGGUGUGAAGAAAAGUGUCAAAUACGAAGCUGCUGGAGAAGCUGUAAAGACCCUCAAAAAGACCCAGCCGACUGUCAUUAACAACUUGAAGAAAGGGACUGUUGAAGAUGUGAUUUCAAGAAAUGAAAUCCAGGGCCGCUCAGCAGAAGAAGCUUACAAACAGCAAAUCAAAGAAGACAACAUAGGGAAUCAACUGCUGAGAAAGAUGGGCUGGACGGGUGGUGGUUUAGGGAAAUCUGGUGAGGGCAUACGGGAGCCUAUCUCAGUUAAAGAGCAGCAUAAGCGAGAAGGCCUUGGUCUAGAUGUAGAGAGGGUCAAUAAAAUUGCUAAGAGGGAUAUAGAACAAAUUAUCAGAAACUAUGCCCGCUCUGAAAGCCACUCAGAUUUGACCUUCUCCACGGAGCUGACCAAUGAUGAACGGAAGCAAAUCCAUCAGAUUGCUCAGAAGUAUGGCCUGAAGAGUAAGUCUCAUGGGGUGGGCCAUGAUAGGUACCUGGUGGUAGGUCGAAAACGGCGGAAGGAAGACCUACUAGAUCAACUCAAACAGGAGGGCCAAGUGGGACAUUAUGAGCUUGUUAUGCCCCAAGCAAACUAAGAUUUUACUAAGUUGUCUUAUAAAUGCCUCAUGAGGUAGAUACACAAAUAACAAAAAAAGCUAUAUGUUCUGGUUGAAGAGUAUUCAUUCUUAAGAUGUUUCACCUUGUUCAUUUCAUAUAGUGCUUUAUUAGGUAUUGGAACCUAGAGAAUUCUGUCCACUUGUAUUCUUAGCUUAAUCCAGCAGAUGAUAUUGUGCAGUUACUGUUUGUGUCUUUGAUAUGGCUCUGUUCCCUCAGAUUUUAGUAGUUUGUACAAGUAAAAACACCCAUCUAAGUGCAAUUUCACCCUGAGGCAAAUACUUCACAUUAUAAAGGGCAUAGCACAGCCAUCUGCAACAAUAUGUAAAGUCAAUGCUGACUCUUAACUACGCUAAUUCCAGAUUUACUUAACAUGUCAGGUCAUUUUGUAUCACCAAUUUUCAUCUUUGUGAGAAGCCAGUUGUAGAGCAUUUAACAAUAAAUUGUGCUGUACGUGUAAAUGUCUUUAUCAACUAAAUGAUGUAAAAUUUUCUUUAAAGUAAUUUUAGUGUGUGUUUGUUUAUAACUUCUACCCUGUGAUUUCCAGGAUAUUGGAAGUGAUUUACUGUAUCUUGUGACAUAUGACUUUUAAACAAAUUCUAGUCUUCAUGCUGAGAGAGCACUACUGAGAGAGAUGUCGAAAAGUUUCCAAAAAGCCUUGAUUCAAUCAGAAGAAAGAAAGCUUGAACUGUUUGUUCUUGGUGCCUUGCAGAGAGACUCAGAGCAACUCUCCAUUGUAGCUUUCACAUGGUUUGUGCACCACACCCAAGGCAACCAUAGCUGUGGUAGAGCUUGGUAAAAGACUGAAGAUACACUGGUGCUUUGAUGAAAAAGGUCAGUUGGCUGGUUCCCCUCUCAAAAAGCUUAUUACUCCCAAAGCCAACUUUGUAACAUACUUAAAACUGCUAUUUUCGCUUAUUUCUGGAAUGUAAAAAUGUAUAAAAAUAAGAGUUAGUGUAUGCUUCCUGAAUAAAAAGGAGCCAAAGUUGAUCAAAAUUAGUGCUGUAAUUAUUUCUGGAGAGCAGCCUAGUAGCAACACUUUGGGUUUUUGAAAGUGAUGAUUGCACAAAAUGUUUCAGUUAGAGUUAGAGCACACACAGAUAAAUGUAAUGAUUUAGCAAAUGGGAGCAGACUCUGUCACUCAUCACAUUUUGGGGGGUGUUUUUUUUCCUUGAAUGCCAAUAUUCUGGCUUAUCAAAUCUUUGGGUGUUUAGUUUUAUGUGGUUUUAUUGUAUCGUAAAUGAAUCAACUAAAAUCCAGCAAUACAGCAAAUAAAUAUUAAUAUUUAGUUAACUCCAGAGAAAUGAUGGUAAGGACUCUUAGGCUGUUUGCAAUAUCUUUUAAAAAAAGAUUUAUUUUUUUAUAAUGUGUGGAUGUCUGUGAGGGGGUUAUAUGCAUGUGAGUGCAUAUGCCCAUGGAGCCCAGAAGUGUCAGUUGGAGCCUCCUGAUGUGGGUGCUGGAAACUGAACUCUGGUCCUCUGAAAGAGCAGUAUAUGUUCUUAACUGCUGAGCCAGCUCUUGAGCACCCAUUUGCAGUGUCCAUGUUUGGCAUACAAGUGGUUCACCGUACAUGGUAAAUUCCUUUUUGCCCUCCCCUUUUCUAUUUAAUGCUAAAAGGCUAGAGUAAAAGACUAUUUAAACAUAUCAAUUAGCUUUUACACCUGGAUCUCUUAACUUAGAUGCACCUCUAUUGGCUAGCACAGUACAGCAUCAGCCUUCUGCUUGUUUUCCAUACCAUAGUCUACAUACGAACGUUAGUUUUAGUAAAAGAGAUGUACAUUUUACUUUGGUGCUUAAUACUUUAGCAAAAGCAGAGAACUACGAUAGAAUUUUGUGAUUAUAAUUAUUUUUUUGUACCUGCCAAAAUUCACUCCCAUUUUGGAAAGUUGUGGUUCGGGUACUUAGAACACUGUGUCCUUGGUUCUGAGUGACAAAAGGUGGGUUUUAGAGACUACAAGAUAUGGAAACUUGGUUUGCAUUCUCGAUGUACGUCUUCCUCCCAGAAUGUUUUGUUGUUGUUUGGUUUUGGUGGAAAAAUGGUAGAAAAUCCAAAGUCAGGUUUGUUGAUAAAAGUGUAAUAAAGCAGAUGAAUUACACUUAAGGCUUUGUGAUAAAUUGAGUAUUUAAGAAUUGGGUUCAUUUUAGGGGCCCAGAUAACUUGGUAAAGCAGCUUUCAUAUCAAUGUAGAAUUAGAACAAAGUCACCAACUGCCAGAGAAUAAAGUAAUGUGGAGAGAUGAGGUUGAGGAAUGAGCUGCUGACAACUGUUGCAGUGUGCAGUUGCCCCUCUUGUUGGUCCUUGCAUUUUCCUUUUCUAAGACAUAGCAGUCAUUUUUAGUUGAGGAACUUUGCUGUAAAACCUGACAGUAUGGGGGCUGGAGAGAUGGCUCAGUGGUUAAGAGCACCGACUGCUCUUCUGAAGGUCCUGAGUUCAAAUCCCACAACCACCUGUAAUGAGAUCUGACGCCCUCUUCUGGUGCAUCUGAAAACAGCUACAGUGUACUUAGAUAUAAUAAUAAAUAAAUCUUUAAAAAAAUCUGACAGUA